AUGGUUUCCGCUCAGAGAUCCAAUAGCGGUGCUCCGGCUCCAUCACCGGCACAAGCAUGCGUUCUCAAAUGGGGUCGACGCGGGCUUAUUCUAGCGCUGGGUUGGGUUUUGUACUCGGUUGCCUGUUCGUACAACCACAUUUUCUACCGACUAGACCCCGCCGAACUCAACAAAACCGUCCAAUCCGCCCUCGCCUCAGCAUCCGCCCUCACCCCCGCCGGAUCCCCUUCCAACGCCACUCUCAUCAUCGACACCCUCGUCCACAAGCUCGCUGAGGACCAUCCGCAGAUCAAGUGGAGGACGGACUGGCAGAGUAGAGAUGAUUGGGUCUUUAACAAUGCGGGAGGGGCUAUGGGGAGUAUGUAUUUGUUGCAUUCUAGUCUUACCGAGUACCUGAUCAUAUUCGGCUCUGCUAUUGGUACAGAAGGUCAUUCCGGACGACACCCCGCAGACGAUUGGUUCCACAUCCUCACCGGUCGUCAACACGCUUACGAAGCAGGAGCGCUCGAACGAGAAGUAUACAACCCUGGAGAUGUAAAUUGGAUGAAGAGAGGGGUGGUGAAGCAGUAUGGUAUGGAGCCGGAGACUUGGGCGCUGGAAUAUGCGAGAGGUUGGAUCCCUUUGAUGCUGCCGUUUGGGUUUGCGGAUAUGGUGUUCUCGACGAUGGACGUUCUCACCAUGUUCCACACGGUCAGAAUCACUGGGAAGGAGAUGAUCUUGAAUCUGCUCAGAGGGAAGAUAUAG